GCUCGUUGUUUUCCCAGAAUCUCGCACCAAACGGGACCUUCAGUCGUCGCAACCACCCUUUUCUUCUAUACGGACAACUCCCCAAGCCAACGCGAGACCAUGACGAGUUCACAAGACGACAAUCCGAACAACGACGCGAAGGAUUUGUUGGAAGAACCCGACGAUGAAAAGAAAGGCAAGCGCCGUCGGAAGCGCAAGCGCAAAAAGGAGUCGUCGGAAAUCGCACCCGACGACGAAGCCGAGGUACCCGUAGACAACGACAAUGAUCCCAAAACGAUACAAUUGGAUCGGACCGUCUUUGUGGAAGGAAUACCAUACACUUGUACCCCUCAAGAAGUCAAGAAAUUCUUUACCGAGAACGGUGUCGAAGAUAUUGUCGAGUGCCGUCUUCCCGUCUGGCAAGAUACCGGUCGCUUACGAGGCUACGGUCACGUAGUGUUCGAUACAAAGGAGUCCCAGCAGACGGCUUUGCAACUUAACGGGAAGUAUCUGCAAAAUCGCUAUCUCACAAUCCAAGCCGCCAACGCACCGAAGACGUCGCAGGCACAAGUGCCCUCUUUGAAUUCGGAUGAUUCGAAACCUUCCAAGACCGUCAUGUUGAACAAUUUAUCGUACGAUGCCUCGGAAAGCGAUAUUCAACGAGUCAUGGAAGCGUACGGUGCCAUUGCUACGGGAGGUGUGCGUGUAGUACGGCAUUCGCAGAGUCAAAGGUCGAAAGGCUUUGCCUAUGUCGAAUUUGAAUCUAUCGACAGCGCCCAAAAAGCUGUCCAGAAUGCCACCCAGAUCAUUGUACUAGCGCGCCCAUGCCGCGUCGAAUACGAUCAUGGUCGAAUAAAAGGAAGCUUUCGGGAUUCGAACGGAAAGCUGUGGCAGAAAGAAUUCUCGAACAAAAAGACAAGGUCGAAUUGAGCAUUCAAUGUAUUUGCUUUGUUGACUUCCUACACCAAGUAGCAGCCGGAAACAAGCUGGAUGACGAUACAGUAACCGCUACCGUAGACCCACUAUCAUCGCUAGUAAUACAUAAGUGACCGAUAGAGGAAGCGUGGGAUAAGGAUCUAAAUAUCGUGUAAGGGAAGAGCAAAAGACUAGCUACCUACUGUAUAACUGCACCGAGUGUUGCCUACUCACGACUGCAAAUGUGAAAAAGAAUUGAUGUAAACAUCUCAUUAUUUAUUUUUUUUUCGUUACAGUCAGAUCAUCACAAAAUUGAGUGACACUGGUUCCGAAGAAUAAAAAUCCGAGUGGGAAGGCUGUCUUCAAUUCUUCAAGAGUUCCGAAACGAAUGAGGAGGUUCAAUGUGGGAAAGAACCUUCCUCAGCACCGAUCCUUUGCAUUUGGGAAGCAUGCAAUAGUCUCAAGGCAGUAUUGUUUCGAUUUCCUCCUUUCAGUAAUCAGCUUGUUGUGUGAUCGUGCUGUCAAUAAUGUAAAUUGGUAAGGUGUAAAAAUAUAAAGCGAAAAGCCCUUUUACCCGUUUAGGGUUAAGGUGCUCCAGCGCAGCAGUCACAAAGAACUUUAUCCUUGUCG